AUGUCUGCAAGCUCUACUCCUGGUCCUAGCAAUCAAGACCCUACUGUGCUCAAUUUGGAAGUCUUGCUGAACUUGUUACAGCAGCAGAUGGUUCAGCAUCAGGAUCUGAUGACUGCAAUCCAGGCACAGCAACAAGAUCAACAGACUUUGAUGAACAUGGUUCAGAUGCAACUUCAGAAUGUAAUGCCUGCUCCAGCUCCUGUCCCUGUGGUGGUGACGACUUCUAAUCCUACCAUCAAGUUCCCCAAUCCUACAGCUUUUACUGGCAAACCUUCUGGUGUUCGUGUCACGGCCAUGCAUUCCAGCCCAUUAGCUGCCCAUCCCGAUGCCGCCCGAGCCCAUUCCCACUACACAAGUGCUCCCCUGCACCUGGCUGACUCCCCCACUGCCACACCAACCUUCCCGCCCUGA